UCCUGCUCAGCACCUUUGCAGUCCCCGUAUCGACCUCCUUCGAGACACAACCAGACAGUCCUACAGCUGGGAUCAUGCGGCACUUCUGCAUAUAACAUCUCGCCGUAGUCCUCCUCCCCUCUCUCCUCAGCCCUCCAUUGCGUCAUUGGCCCUCGCCUGCAUUAGCCCCGUUUCUCAAGAUGCUGCCAUACAUCAAUGCGCCUUUUGAGUACGUCGGCAGCUCACUUGGGACCUCUGCAGACGAGUUGAAGCUCGUCUUCACAUUCUAUCUCUCCUUCCCUCUUGCUGCAGUCCUCAAGCGCAUACCGGACAAAGCGCCAUGGCAGAAGAAUCUUUUCAUAAUAGCCGUCUCUCUCUUCUACCUCGUUGGUCUUUUCGAUCUCUGGGAUGGUCUCCUGACCCUGAUGAUUAGCGCCUAUGGCGCCUACUUCAUCGCCGCCAAAAUCGACUCUCCCUUCAUGCCAUGGAUCGGCUUCGUCUUCCUUAUGGGACACAUGUCUGUUAGUCACAUCGCACGCCAGAGGAUGCAUGAUCCUUCAGCUACCGAUAUCACUGGGGCCCAAAUGGUCAUGGUCAUGAAACUUACUGCUUUCUGCUGGAACAUUCAGGAUGGUAGACUCCCGGAUGCUGAGCUCAAUGAUUUUCAGAAAGAGCACGCUAUUCGCACAAUCCCGAGUCUACUCGACUACACAGGUUACUUCUUGUUUUUCCCUUCACUUAUGGCCGGUCCCGCGUUCGACUACUGCGAUUACAGCCGCUACAUCAGCACCACCAUGUUCACGCUUCCGCCCGGAGUUGAUCCCUCGAAAGCGCCUCCGACGCGCAAGAAGCGUAAGAUUCCUAGAAGCGGAACACCUGCUGCUAUCAAAUGCGUCAUUGGCUCACUCUGGAUCUUUGCAUUUCUGAAGUUCUCCUCCUGGUAUGCGGUAGACAUGUAUCUCUCAGACGAGUUCCUCAAAUACGGAUUCUUGCGUCGCAUUUGGCUCCUAUACAUGCUGGGCCUUAUCACGCGCAUGAAGUACUAUGGUGUCUGGAGCCUCUCUGAAGGUGGUUGUAUCCUGGCUGGAAUCGGAUAUAAUGGCCUCGAUCCAGUGACAGGCCGAGCCAAGUGGGAUCGUCUUACCAACGUCAAGCCUAUGGAGGUCGAACUCGCCCAGAACACGCGAGCAUACCUCGGAGGAUGGAAUAUCAACACGAACAACUGGCUGCGCAACUACAUGUACCUACGCGUUACACCAAAGGGCAAGAAACCCGGAUUCCGAGCUACGCUGGCGACUUUCGUCACCAGCGCCUUUUGGCACGGCUUUUUCCCCGGAUACUAUCUCGCCUUCAUACUUGCAUCGUUCCUGCAGACUAUUGCAAAGAAUGCCCGUCGGUUGAUUCGCCCACUGUUCAUGACACCCGACGGCAAACAGCCUCUUCCCUCGAAGAGAUACUAUGAUGUCUUCACCUGGGUCCUUACCCAAGUCGUCUUCGCCUUCACCGUCGCGCCGUUCAUCAUUCUCACGUUCAGCGGUACUUGGCUUGUCUGGUCUCGUGUCUACUUCUACACCCUCAUAGGAGUCCUCGCGUCGUUCGCCGCCUUCUCUCGCUCUCUCCCGGUUCGGCGUCACCUGCAGAAGAUGCAAGCCGCUCGUCAGCCGGCUUCUUCUAAUGACAACAUCGAGAAAGUGGCAAAGGAGGAGAUCGAGGCGGAUCUGAAGCGCAGACAGUCAGCAUUGAGUAUGGAAAGCAAUGCUUCGAGCGUGCGUAAAGCACCUACUUUGGGUAUCGCCGACGAUCCGGAAGCGGAAGUUGAGGAGAUUGUGAGAGAGGUCAGGCAAGAGAUUGAGGAGAGGAAGCGGAGAGGGAGCAUGAUGCAGGGCUUCGACAUCAAAACCGCCGUGAGGGAGAAGAUUCAAGAGUUCCAAAAAGGAUCGAAGGGUGCGCUUGGUGGAAUUAGUGGCAUCAGGAAGAGUGCGUGAUUACAGACGCGUCUGACGAUUUCACACAGAGGCGCUUGGCUCAUCGAUGGCUUUGGUG